AUGGAGAAGAAGAAGGAAAAGUGUAGAGUUUGUGUUACAGGGGGUUCUGGGUAUAUUGGUUCUUGGCUCGUGAAAAGGCUACUUGAAAAGUGUUAUAAUGUCUAUGCAACUCUCAGGAAUUUGGAGGAUGCAUCAAAAGUGGGCAUUUUAAAGUCUCUUCCUCACGCAGAGACCAAUCUGGUGCUAUUCCAAGCUGAUAUAUAUAAUCCCAUUGACUUUAAGAAUGCAAUUAAAGGGUGUGAAUUUGUUUUCCAUGUGGCCACUCCUAUGCUGCACAACUCUCAAACCUCUCUGUACAAGGACACUGCUGAAGCUGCUGUAGCUGGGGUCAGAAGCAUUGCUAAUUCUUGCAUUCGAUCACAGACCGUCAAGCUGCUCAUCUACAACGCCAGCUGCAUGUCCGCUUCGCAAUUGAUGGAAGACGGUGCCGGAGUCAAGUCUUGUGUUGAUGAUUCCUGUUGGACACCUCUUAACGUUUCAUUUGCUUAUGCCAGUGAUUUCUUGUUGGCAUAUACAAGAUCAAAGACAUUGGUAGAGAAAGAAAUAUUGAGCUACAAUGAAAUAUCGAUGAUAAUAGUUGUAUGUCCCACAUCUGUAGAUUUGUCUCUACAAGUAUGGGAAUUUGAUCAGGCUCAUCAAAGGUGGCUUCCAGUUACAGAAUGGGCUUUGCCUGAUGACAAGGGUGAUACAGUCUAUGCUGUUGCAUGGGCACCAAAUAUUGGAAGGCCCUAUGAGGUAAUAGCUGUUGCUACCUACAAAGGAAUUACAAUAUGGCAUCUUGGUUUGAAACCUGAUCCUUAUGGAAGGCUCUCCACAGAGAAAGUUGCAUUGCUUUCUGGUCAUGAAGGCGAGGUAUGGCAGAUGGAAUGGGACAUGAGUGGAAUGACAUUGGUAACCACCGGAUAUGAUGGAGUGGUGAGGUUGUGGCAGUCUAACUUGAAUGCUGCUUGGCAUGAACAGGCUGCAUUUGAAGCUACCACUUAACCCCUUGCACUAAGGUAACAGAAUUUCAAUUGUGGCCUAUUUUAGCCCACUUGUUUGUAGAAAUAACAGUUUUGAAGCACUGGAGGAGCAAGUUGAACUCUCAAACUGAACACUUAUAUGUUGAAGUAGUUCAUAGUUGUAUAUUCAUAUUGGAAUCUUUUUGGUGGAUUCUCAAUGUUUUAUGAUUCUUUUCAUGCUUUGUUACAUAA